UCCACUGUUCAAAGACUCUUACAUGCCAUGAUCGCUCUAACUUUUGAAUCCAACUCUACGGAGUAGUCCAUCUCUAAAUUGAUUAUCUACAGUCAUUUCACCAUGUCUUCAGCCAUCACUACUUCCGUGCUCAUGCUGGAAUACACUGGAGCUGCAAAUCUCGUCGCCGAAGUCAUUGGCGCAAACCCAACAGCCACGACAUUCGUACUGGACUGCGGCAAGCCCAAGCAUAAAAAGACCUGGGAUGAGAAUGAAUGUUAUAUGACCAAGGACACCGUCAUCGUCGGCCCAUGGGCCGAUAAGACACCUGCGCCUGGAGCUGUCACUACUGGUAUCUGGAGAGACGGCUACGUCAACGAAGAUGAAAAGGAAGGCUACUCGUACUCGAUAGAAUGCCAGAUGGAUUAUACGAUGCCUAUUGUCUGUACUACGAUCAAUCAUGCUUCGUUCACCUUCCGAGAUGGUCGGGGGGUCACAGCGACGUACACCAAACACGGCGGUACGACGUUUGACGGGUUCUUCUAUUUUGGGUAUGGAUACUUUGGCUGGGCUCCUGUCACUGUCACAGCUGGUCAGUCGUAUCUUUUGUCUGCCAAGACUGCUGCUUCCACCGAAGCUACGGCCACAAGCUAUGUCUCUGGAACCGGAAAGGCUGAGGAAGCAACGACAUCGGUGGCCGAAACUACCAGCACGAAUGACGACGGUGUAAUUACUGUCACUGGGGAAGCUUUGUCAACAACGACUUCGAGCAAUAGUGCAGGCACCAAACGUGCUUUAAGCCUCUGGGCUGCAGUGGGAAUUGCGACAACGGUGGUCUUGGUAUGAAUGAAUGCUGUGGUAGGAUAUUUCUUCAUGAAUGAUUCACGCGAGUGACGUCAAGGAUGUUUGGGCAGGUCAAGUAGGCAACGGUAAACAUGAUAGAAGUAAACCAUAUUAUUAAUCAUUUUACGAAAAAGCUUUGGAGCUGCCCAG